GAGGGAUUUUUCCACCAUGUCAAUGAGAAGGAAACAAUGCAACUUCUGAAUGACCGUCUUGCAACCUAUCUUGAGAAGGUCCGUUCUCUAGAACAGGAAAAUACGCAUCUUGAGAAGAAGAUUUGUGAGUGGUAUGAGAAAAAUGCUCAUACAUCACUUCCUGAUUUGCAGCAUUACCACAAAACCAUUGAAGAACUCCAAAAUAAGAUUUCAGCAGCAUCUGUCGAAAAUGCCAGGAUUGUCCUUCAGAUUGAUAAUGCCAGACUAGCUGCCGAUGACUUCAAGAACAAGUAUGAGAUGGAGGUUAGACUGAGAAAUUUUGUUGAGACUGACUUAAAUGGAUUACGUAAAGUUCUUGAAAGUCUAAACAUAGAGAGAGCAGACCUGGAGAUGCAACUGCAAAAUCUGCAGGAUGAAUUGCUGCAGAUGAAGAAGCACCAAGAAGAGGACAUCACAGCUCUGCGUAAUCAGCUGGGUGCCAGGAUCAAUGUGCAAGUGGAUGCUGCACCAUCUGUGGAUCUCAAUAGAGUCUUGUCUGAAAUUCGAGAACAAUAUGAAAACUUGAUGGAAAGGAACCUCAAGGAGGUUGAAAGCAUGUUCAUUGCUAGGAGUGAGGAACUAAACCACCAGGUGGCUUCUGGAUCUGAACAACUACAGUCAGUGCAAACUGAAGUUAUUGACUUGAAGCGAUGCCUGCAGACCCUGGAGAUUGAACUACAAAGUCAAAUUAGCAUGAAAUCAGCUCUUGAAUGUUCCUUGGCAGAGACUGAAGCAACAUUUAGCUCUCAGCUUUCCCAUCUACAAAUCCUGAUUGACAAUGUUGAAGAUCAGCUUUCGAAUAUUCGUUCAGAACUUGAGCGUCAGAUCUAUGAGUACAAGAUUCUUAUGGAUCAAACUACCUAUCUAGAAAUGGAGAUCACCACAUACAAAAGACUGCUUGAAGAACAGGACAUUCACUGGAUAGGUGUGGUGAAUAUAAUGCUUGUUGUACAGCACUGCAAUAAACCCAUCACUGUUUCCACCUUCCUUAUGAUCUUUCUUAAACAAUCACACAAAUGUCUUCAAGAUAAAUCACAUGAAUGGCUAAAUGAAUUAAAAUAUGAUGCUUGUAAAGCAUUUUGCUGCUUGUAA